AUGUCUGAAAUGGUUUAAACAUUUUCAAUUCAUUCUAAAAAGCAUCGUAGGUUCACAUAUUGUUAUUAACUUAGUACCUAGAAAUAGCAGAAGGGACUAUUGAUGAAAGGAGUCACUAUUCGUAAUAAUAUGAAUCUUAAGUUAUGGUUAAAUGAAGUGAUGAAUCGGAAAGAGAUUGAUUUGAAAUUAGGAAAAUUGAACAUAGAUUGUUAAAGAAAUGAUAAAUAGUUGAAAUAUUAUAAUAAUGAUGUCAUAUUGCCUAGUAUAUUUAGAGAUGUAGAGGAUAGUCAAAUAUUUCCAAUGAUUUGUUUUCAAAAAAGUACAGAUUUAUAAUUUUAAUAGGAACCUGCAGAUAAUUGAUGAGAGAAAGUAAAAUAUAGAUAAUACUUUAGUCAGAUUUGAAGAUAAUGUGACGUCAUUGUUACCUAGUGAUAAAAGAAAUUCUAUAUUAUAUGGAUUAUUAAGAGAAUUAAUGCAUGAAAUAGAGUUUAGAGAAUAAAAUAUAUUGAUAUGUCAACAUAAGAUUACUAAAGUGUUUUAUAUUUACUUUACAGAUUGUUUGAUUUGUCCAAUAUCUAAAUGUUGUUAUACAUCUGUAGUUUUUGUAUUGGGAUAAAUAUUUGGUGGUUAAAUAAGAUGCAAUAAUGAAAAUUGUCCAAUUAAGAUUCUAGUAACAUUUGAUAUACAAGAAGAGUUGUUAUGGAAAAAAAACUAUGUUGAUUUAAGCAAUAGGUUUUCAAAAUAUAUAAUAAGUGGUAAAUUUAGAACUAACAGUUUAAAAACAUCAUUAUAACCUACAGAUAUUUCAAAGUCCAAUCAUCAUUAUAAUCUUAAUAUUAAUAGUCAUAUCAGUCAAACUGAAAGAAUUUAAAGUAAACUAAACCUAUCUCAAUUAAGUAAUUACUAAAAAUAAAGAGAAAAGUCUAAUAAAAAUAAGAAUGGCUUUUAAAGUGAUUAAUAUUAAAAUAUGUUUUAAAAAUGA